GUAUAUUAAAUUACAUAAAAUAGUGAUUCAAAUUCCAAAAUAUUAAAUGAGAAAUAAGGAAGCUGGAGCUUCAAAAUAUUUUUGUGGGAUGCUUGAAUCCCGGAGUUGGAACAAAUGUCAUGCACUCGGCCAACUUGUUUGUUGUUGAACUUGCUCCCUUAAUGGUCCCAGUGGAUAUUGCAUUGGCUGAAGCUGGAAUUUGAGGGCUAAAGGAUGCUCUUUUUGAUUUUUUUUCCCUCUAACGACGGGCAGCUUAAUAAGCCUCACUGCAACGUUCUUCUACACAAUAGAAAUGUAUUUAGCUACAUUGUUUUUAUGAAUGAAAAAUAUUAUGGAAUAAUAAUUUAAAGAUGGUUUAAUACCUAGAUAUCAGAACAUUCUAGUAGCUGAUUGAGAUCUAUGAUCUCAGAUGCAACAGAUAGGAAUGGUAGAGCAGUAGCUGAUUGAGAUCUAUUGAAAACUUGUAUUAUAAUGAUGACGGCAGUAAUGCAUGCUUUUCUUUGGGUGUGCAGAUAUUUGUUAUUGCAGGAGGCGUAUGGGGUAUGGCAGUGUUUUUCAGGGGACCUCGAACAAACUCACAUGGGUGCCUCAUUUCCUUUUAUCCUCCCUGUUUUCUGUUUUAUUAGUGAUGUUUACAAUGUUACCAGAUGGAAAUACUGAUACUCUGUACCUUCAAAAGCUAUUGGAAGAAGAGGCUGGUGAAAAGAAGAAAUUGGAAGAGGAAGUGACCAUCUUAAGAAGUCAAUUGUCUCAAUUGAAUUUGGAAGCUAGUCAGACUAGAAGCUAUGAUGAUAGAGGAAGAAAUGGAAAUUUACUUCCUGGCCUGGAAUCUCUUUCUUCACUUAGACAUCUGCAGCCCAAAAAUGGCAAUAAUGGGGAGAGAGUGGCAAUAACCAAUCUUCACGAACAAGUUGGCCUAAAUAAGAUAAUGUCAUUGCUCGACUCUGAAGAUGCUAGUGUGCAAAUUCAUGCAGUGAAAGUGGUUGCCAACCUAGCAGCAGAAGAAGCGAAUCAGGAGAAAAUAGUUGAAGCUGGUGGUCUUACUUCACUACUGAUGCUUCUUCGAAAAUCCGAGGAUGAAACUAUACGUAGAAUAGCUGCUGGUGCAAUUGCAAAUCUUGCAAUGAAUGAAGCGAACCAGGAGCUUAUUAUGGUUCUUAGUGGGAUUAGUCUUUUGUCAAUGACAGCAGCUGAAGCUGAGGAUCCUCAGACUCUACGCAUGGUUGCUGGAGCAAUUGCAAAUCUCUGUGGAAAUGAUAAACUGCAGAUGAGGCUAUGGUCUGAAGGUGGUAUAAGGGCUUUGUUAGGUAUGGUGAGGUGUAGACAUCCUGAUGUUCUUUCCCAAGUUGCGCGUGGGGUUGCCAAUUUCGCCAAGUGUGAGUCCCGAGCUUCUUCCCAAGGCAUAAAACUUGGACGGUCCCUUCUGAUAGAAGAUGGAGCCCUACCGUGGAUUGUACAGAACGUGAAUAACGAAGCCUCACUCAUUAGACGGCAUGUUGAGCUCGCACUCUGCCACCUCGCACAACACGAAGUAAAUGCGAAAGACAUGAUCAGUGGGGGAGCCCUGUGGGAGCUAUAUCGCAUCUCGCGUGACUGCACACGCGAGGACAUAAAGGCACUCGCGCGCCAAACAUUGGCUUCAAGCCCAACUUUUCUGUCUGAAAUGCGGCGCUUACAUAUAGAUGCGUAGACAAACAACCGCACGCGACACCUUUUCUUCUUCUCAAAGUACCCAGAGUCAGAAGGUAUCCUCAUCAUCAUCGUCGUCGUCAUCAUCCAUCAAUUUGUGUUUGCCAAAUUUGACUAACCGGUAGGUAUUAGAAAGCGGGUGUCUGUAACACAGAUCAAGAUCUUAUUUGUUCAUAUCGAUUAGUAUUUAUUUCUUGUUGGUUGAAGUUAAUACUACUUUUGAUGACAUCUUGAAUAUGAAUUCUUUCUGUGUUGUAACAUAUACUAUAUUAUGAUCCGAUGAAUGUAUGUAAAGAUAUUAAAUCUUCAACAUUUGU